CCAAAUCGCAGGCUCAAUCACAAGAUUCAUUUGGAAUGUUUUAGUUUCAAAGUCGUAUUUCUCUCUUUAUUAAUUCAUUCUUUAGUUAUUUCCUUACAUUGAACAUGCCAUAAUCCAGCACAACAUGGAGUUUGCAGAGUAUAUUAAGUCCCCCAGCAUCGACAAUGUUCUCCUCAAAAGGAGAAACACCCCGUAUAUCGAAGGCACAUUGUGUGUCACCGGCCAUCACCUUAUCUUCUCGUCACGAACUCAGCGCUCUGAGGAACUAUUCUUGUUGAUAAGUGGAGUUGAGCAUGUGGAGAAAAAGUUUGUGGGGCAGGAAGCCAUUCUGACAAUCUGUUGUAAAAAUUUUGACCUGGUUAAGAUGAGAAUCAAUGAUAUGGAGAAAGCCCUUAAUUUAAUCUCAACCAUUGAUGCUCUAUCCACACUAGAAAAUCAAACAUUAAAGUACCCAUUUUUCUAUCGCCAUGUUGGUGCCUUGAGUGGUGAGGAUGGCUGGGAUAUGUUCAGUAAUGAUCUAGACUUUGCUAAAGUGUGUUCAUCUACACAGUCAUGGAGAAUCAGUCAUGUCAAUAUUAAUUAUGAGGUGUGUGCUAGUUAUCCCACCUCUGUCAUAGUCCCUUUGGGUGUCUCCGAUGAUGAGUUAAAAGCAUCCGCACAGUUUAGGCAUGGCGCAAGAUUCCCUGUUCUUUGUUAUUUCCACAAGGCAACUCAGUCUGUGUUAAUGAGGUCUGGUGAGCCGCUCUGUGGGUCUAUGUCCAAUAAGAGAUGUAAAGAAGAUGAGAAGCUAGUCAACUCAGCUCUAGGGUCAAUGAAAAAGGGCAUGAUUGUGGACACAAGGUCCACUCCUGCUGUCAUGAACAGUAGAAGCAAAGGUGGUGGUCUCGAACCUGAGUCAAAUUAUCCUCAGUGGAAACGCUCCAAUCAUAAUAUAGAAAAACACACCGUCCUUAUAGACAGCGUUUGCAAGUUAAUGGAAGCUUGUUUUGAUCAAAAUCUGAGUAUGAACGCAUAUCUGUCUCGCUUGGAGUCCUGUGGUUGGAUGGACCAAAUACAAGCUGUUCUAGGAACUGCAUGCUAUGUUGCACACUGUCUCCACACUGAUGGGAUACCUGUGCUGGUGCAUGAUGGUGCUGGACUGGACGCUACUCUCCAGGUGACAUCAUUGUCUCAGGUCAUCUUGGACCCAGACUGCCGGACAGUCAGAGGGUUUCAGUCAUUGGUGGACCGAGAAUGGAUCCGUGGGGGACACCCCUUCUCCAAUCGCUGCACUAGGGUUGGGUUUUCUUCUACAAAAUACAAAGGCCAGGGACCAGUUUUCCUUCUUUUCCUGGACUGUGUCUGGCAGAUAUAUCAACAAUUUCCGUGUUCCUUUGAGUUUCACGAUAGUUUUCUGAUAUGUCUCUUCGAGCAUGCGUACUACUCACAAUUCGGAACAUUUUUAUGUAAUAAUGAAAAAAAUCGUGUGACUGUCAAACUGAAAGAGAAGACGAUCUCCCUGUGGUCCUAUCUAAAUCAGGACGAGAUUCUGGAAGACAUGUUGAACCCAAUGUAUGAGCGGAACGAGUCCGUCUUGUGGCCCUCAGUAGCUCCGCAAAGUUUGGUGUUGUGGCCCGGUCUGUAUCUGAAAUGGCAAAAGCAGCAGAGAAAUGGCGAUUCAUUCUGGCUAGAAGCGCGACGUGUGCAAGAUCUUAAUAAGGACCUCAAGCUUCAAGCAGCCGCCCUCAGAGAGGAGUUUACUGCACUACAAGCUGAAGUGCUAGAGCUAAGAAAACUAAACACAGAACCAAAGAAGCCGCCAGAAGCCGCUGUUUCGUAGAUGGAGGAGCUGCAAAAGAAUAUCAAGUGGUGGAGAUACCGCUACAAACCACGUGUUUCGUUUGGCGAUUCCAGAGUCACUUAAACACUUCUAUCCAAUCAUUUUAUAGCUAUUAACAUUUAAAUAGCUUUUAAGCACCACAAUAAAACCACGGAAGAGGAAUAACGGAAAUCAUCCAUACGCCGGAAAUAAAAGGCAUUGCCUAUUUCUCUAAGAAAAAAGCAAAUACGGUUAGCCUGGAACUCUAUCGAAAUCUACGUGUCGUUCAAAGCUAAAACAGGGAAUGAAAAGGGUGAUUUUGACAUCGGAGCCAAACGGGGUUACUAGCUUGGAUCAGUCAAAAUAAGUAUCUUUAGCUCAAAGUUUUCAAAAGGCUUGUUUAGUGGGAAACACUCUAGCCGGUGGUAAAAAAAAUAUUUACCGUCCAUUCGGGUUUACCCAGAAACACAGAUAUAAAAGGUGUAAGUUUAGAAUCUUUGAAAAAUAGUCACGAAAUCUUUAAUUAUUGGAGGGGGUUGUCGAGGGAAGGAACAGCCCUUUAUUACGAUUUUAAAGAACUAAAACUUUCGAACAACGAAAAUUGAAAAUCCAGUAGCCUGUGAAACAGACCUGCUAAGGUUUGUUCGCAGGCUAUAAAUAGAAAAUUGUAAAUAUUUUAGUAUCUUAAUCUUUUGUAUACUUGAAUAUGCUUGAAUACUGAAAUAAGAAUUCCAUAAAAUG